AUGUGGUCUAUCGGUGACGAAAACGCACCUUUAAUCGCGGAUAUCGUAUAUCAAUAUCUGUUGGAAGAGAGAAAGCGACCGAGUUCCGAGAUAGAGGCGCUUAGCUCAGCUGCGUAUACACUUCAUCAUGCAGUUAGAUGUCUUCGCGCGAAGGUGGGGGAGUCUGCGUUUGUGAAGUGGGUUCCAUUGGUCCACAUAGGUGUAUGA